AUGUGCGGUUUACCGGGCCUCAGAUUCGGCGGCCUGACAGGCCACUGCGCCGAACCUGCGAGAGAGGCUCGUCGAGGUGGUUCUGUCUCACCAAGUGGUUGGCAGUAUGCACCAGUACUACGUGGACAGGUGCGUGCGUUCGCAGGGCUUGCCCGGUUCCUUUUGAGGGGUGGUGCCACGUGUACUGAAGCGAUAACUCUGCAAGCACUCUCCAUCAUUCCCUACCUUCCCCUCCUGCCGCUCCUUCCUCCUUCCCCUCCUGCUCCUCCGUUCCCUCCUGUCUCCUCCCCCCACCGAGUCCUAGGGCCUGCCGAGUUUCUUUCGAGGAGUGGUGUCACAGUGUUCUGCAUCCGCAUCGUGUUCCGCAUCUGCAUAGUGUUCCGCAUCUGCAUCGUGUUGCGCAUCUGCACCGUGUUGCGCAUCUGCACCGUGUUCCGCAUCUGCACCGUGUUCCGCAUCUGCAUCGUGUUGCGCAUCUGCAUCAUGUUGCGCAUCUGCAUCGUGUUCCGCAUCUGCAUCGUGUUGCGCAUCUGCAUCGUGUUCUGCAUCUGCAUCGUGUUGUGCAUCUGCAUCGUGUUCUGCAUCUGCACCGUGUUCCGCAUCUGCAUCGUGUUGCGCAUCUGCAUCAGGUUGCGCAUCUGCAUCGUGUUCCGCAUCUGCAUCGUGUUCCGCAUCCGCAUCGCGUUCCGCCUCUGCAUCGUGUUCCACAUCCGCAUCGUGUUGCGCAUGUGCAUUCCGCCUCCGCAUCGUGUUCCGCCUCUGCAUUGUGUUCCAUCUUAG